AUGUUCAAGUCUGAUGCGCAAUGCGCAACGCGCAACGGUCCAAACCCACUUUUCGUCGGGAUCCGCCUCAAGUUCGAGGCUGGAACAUCACAACAAGCAAGCUAUGCGCUGGUCAGAUGGAUUCACUCUCGAACCAUCACCGUGCCCAAAUUAUUGUUUCGAGUGACAUCCGAGUCUUUGCCGGCCUAG